AGCAAAUUCACUCUACAAUCGUCGCAAAUACCUUGUUUUGGUCCGGCUUUCAUUCCCAAUUAGGUCUACUACACACCACGUUAAGUCUUCUCCCCUGGCGGCUGUUCCUUAAUUCAAACUUCCGUCCCCCGGCUGCCUAUCAUCAUCCCGUGGGAAAGCACCGACUCGUCCAAGACAUGACCACUAGCUCAUAGCCGUCUAUCGUACCACCAAAUCUGGAACGUUUAGCACACAUUAUCCACAUCCCCACUUGGGCCUCUGACCCCCGUUGUUCUCCAACUUAGAUAUAUACCAUCGAUCGCCUCGUCCCUCAGUCAUGUCCGAACCAAGUGAGACCGGAGGCCUCCCAUUGGACUUGAACGCACACCAGCAUCAGCAACCAACAGGCAGCACCAUUCAUCAAUCAUCACCACCUCGUGUCGACUACCGCAAGACAUCACAGUCAUCUAAGGAUCUACCUAAAGGAUCCAAGGCUGCCAGCCCUCGCCGUCGUCCUGGAACCACCAAACAAGCGCCGUCCGGCCCCCACACCGGUUCCCCCCGCUCUGAAGAACAGCUAGGCUUGAGCCCUACGAACAUGUCAUCUCACAACAACAUCCAUUACACCCGGACUGGGCGUAUCAGCAAAGCAAAGAAAGGACUUAAAGUCCACAACUGCGAGAACUGUGGAAGAUCUUACACCCGCGCGGAGCACCUGAGGCGACACCAGAAAAAUCACGCCCAGGAAGAUGCGCUUGUCUGCCAAGUGCCUGGAUGCGGCAAGACCUUCGUCCGUGUUGAUCUUCUCCAAAGACAUCAAGAGCGACACAACGAGCCUGCGAGAGAUUCUCCUGAGCAAAGUCCAGAAGGCUCACCAGAGCCAAAACUUAUGUCUCUGCCCGCUCUCGAGCAGCCUAUGAUGGAAAUGACAACCAACUCCGCGAGCACAUCCUUCUACGAGACCGUAUCUCCCGUGCAGGAGACGGCACCAUUUACAAGCCAGCCAAAACACCAUCGCACCAAUUACAGCCGCCAGUCUGGUUCCAUGUCGGUAGCAAUGGAAGCUAUGACACCGGCUCUGUGGCACGAGCCAUACAGUCCCACCCCGGGGUACUCCUCUUCAAGUGGGUACGCAUCACCGAUCGCAUCGACCGACUUCUCCGUUUUUGGCAACCCGUCUUAUCGAGCGCGCACGCCUUCGAACGCGUCCAUGAUGGACCCAUCCUGGGGAUACCCAUCGCGAUCGCCGGCCUCCACCACCUCAACCAUGGCAUACACAUGGUGUUCGAACGAUAAGAGCGCAACAGGCUCUAACCUCGCCUACAUGAACGCAUGCUCCUUCCCAAUGACGAACAUGUCGAUACCAACAAGCAUGGAUGCAAUGACCGGGUACGGACACUUUGGUCCAAGAACGCUGGUCCAGAGGGACGAAGAAGAGGGGGUGAUGCUCUUUGGAGAAGAACAAUAUGGUAUGGCUUCGAUCGCACACACCCAACCGUUUGAGCAAUAUCUUGACUAUUACUGGAGGCUCUUUCAUCCCACUUUCCCCGUUGUCCAUCGACCUACCUCUAUGAACCCGUCGCCGAUGCUGCGCGCGGCGAUGGUCGCUAUCGGCAGCCAGUACUCGGCCGAUUCGAGCGACAAGAAAAAGGGCCGAGACCUCCACGACCGAUGCUUGAAAUUGCUUGAAUGGAGGGAUCUCAAAACUUCGACGGAGCCGGACCGUUUAUGCGAUUUCCAGGCAAUGUUCCUCAUUGAGGUGCUGUCUCAGUACCGUGCUCGUAGGGCCGCCAAGGUUCUGUCGGCACGCUUCGACAAGGUAUACCACAAGGCGGUUGAAGAUUGCAGGAGCACGACUUCGAAGGCUGCAGAGCUCAUAGCUAGCCUCGCUCAACUCGAGCACGUUACACCUGAGCACUGGACUAGCUGGGUCGAGCUAGCCACCCGGCAACGCUUGUUCCUGUCUUGUUACAUCCUUGAGUCGCAGCAACCUCUUCUCCUCGCCCGCGAAUCUCUGCUUUCUCUCAUCCACGACACUCACUUCGACAUUCCCUUCCCAGCGCACGGUUCUCUUUGGGAUGCGACAGGUCCCAUCGAGUGGGCUGCAGCUGCUCAGCAGCACCCUUACACGCCAUCAUACGUCUACGAGAUUACUUCCACGUCUCUGCCAGGGCCUCUUGAUACUUUCCAAUCAUCUGUCAUCCUCGCCGUGCACUACAAUCGUCAAGAGACCUCAACACCAUACAUCUCCUCAUCGACACCAUCAAGACUCGAGCAUCUGCUUGACGAUGCACCUGCCACCAAGCGCAUGCUAUCCGUGGCAAAGCUGGUACAAGUAACACCCAUUCGCGCAUUGUUGGCUGUCGCAUGCGAGACAUGGAUCUUCUCAGAGAAAGUCGCUAGCGCUCAAGCUUUCGCAGCGUUGAAGACAACGCUCCGCACAUGGGUCGCACAGCUAUGGUCGACAUCCGAGACCGAGGGUGUGCCCGUAAAAGAAGCACUCAAACUCUCCAUCGACAUCCUCCAACAAGCCGUCUCGGAACAAAGAGACUCAAUACCACUAGAGAUGGGCACAGACAUGUCUAUCUUCUUUGCCGCUCUCGUCCUCUGGAUCGUCACCGUCGCGGCAACCACCCGCGCCAAAGCCGCCCAUCAGAAAGCUAGCCAACAGACCCGACGACCAAGCAACUCCGAUCCCCCAACGCUCUUCACACCCACGACCUGGGCCUCUGCAACACCAACCUCCUCUUCUACCUCCACCUCCACCAGCCAACCCCGUUCCCCCAUCAUAUCCGCCACACCCGAAAACCCGCUCCUCUCUCACGCGCAAAUCAUUAUCAAUACGAUUUCCUUCCUCACAGACACGCUCGCCAUGUCUGAUACCACGGCUUCCUCACAUCAAUAUCUUGCAGACCAUGCGCGCCGCCAGACAGGUUGUAUCAGCCUGCUUCUUUGGGUCAAGCUACGUCUGCGUGGCGUUCCACUCGAAGAUCAGAGCGGUGCUAUGGCUGAUGCGUCUGGUGAGGGGCUGGGUGAGUUGUUAGAGGGGGUUGUGGGGUCUGUUGAGACGAUUUUGAAGAAGGGAUGGGGAGACUGGAGCAUAUAAGCUCUCCUUGGAUCGUUCUUCCCUUUCUUCCCUCUUCCUUCUGGGCUUGCACUCUUGCAUCUUGGACUUUUCCUGCUUUUGCAUACGCUUCUGCCACGUUACGAUAUUCCCCUCUUCUCGCUUCGUUUUUUUCCUUUCCAUCUUAGUUCUAGCGCAGCAUUUUCGGCUUGUAUGGGCAAGAAGGACACGAUACCAUUGUUUUUUACGGCGGAUACCCCUGUUUAGCUACUUUGUUCUUCGACGCGUUCACGCUGCAUGGCUUGCUUUCUGCGGUAGAGACUAAGUCGCACGCGAUGUCUCUUCCAUGAUUACGUUUACGUCUCGGUUUGUCAUGUCAUGUCAUUUAUGGUUCAUGUACGAAUACUUUUUGCAAUUGCAUUGUUGUGCCUUAUACUAUACCCUCUUCUUCUCCUUCUACUACUACAUGAGCCAGCGCCUAUGAGAAACGUGUACAUUAUAAGAGUAUUGCAAUUAGACUUUUUCUGUCUGCACAA